AUGAAUCAUGCACCGCCAGUGGAGAUCUGCUAUGAGAACAUGUGUUUUCUGAUAACUCACAACCCCACCAAUGCCACCCUCCACAAGUUCACAGAGGAACUGAAGCACUAUGCAGUCACAACAUUGGUGAGAGUUUGUGAUGCCACGUAUGAUAAAUCUGUAGUUGAAAACCUAGGCAUCCGGGUUCUAGACUGGCAAUUCAAAGAUGGAGCUCCACCUCCUGAUGAGAUAGUAUACGAUUGGCUGGACCUGUUAAAAACCAAAUUCCGGGAGGAGCCGGGUUGUUGUGUUGCGGUACACUGUGAGACUGGGUUGGGAAGGGCACCUGUGCUGGUUGCACUUGCUUUGAUUGAAUGCGGAAUGAAGAAUGAAAAUGCAAUUCAGUUUAUCAGACAAAAAAGAAGGGGAGCAUUCAACACCAAACAACUGCUCUACCUGGAGCAAUACCGGCCUAAAACGCGGUCAAGGUCAAGGCCAUGCUUCAGAGAUUCCUCUGUGCUUUGCUGUAUUCAGUAG